AUGCGUGUAGCAGCCAACCGCGGGGAGAUUGCGUGCAGAGUGCUGUCCAGCGCCCGCCGCCUCGGUAUCCCCACCGUGGCCAUUUUCUCGGAGGCCGAUCGCCACGCCAGGCACGUCGCACUCGCUGACGAGGCGUACUGCGUCGGCCCGGCGGCGGCGCGGGAGAGCUACCUGGACGCGGGGGCGGUGCUGGGGGCCGCGCGGCGCGCCGGGGCAGACGCCAUACACCCUGGCUACGGCUUCCUGUCGGAGAACGCCGCCUUUGCCGAGGCUUGCGAGGAGAGCGGCGUCAAGUUCGUCGGCCCGCCAGCCGCCGCGAUCCGAUCCAUGGGGGACAAGGCGGAGGCGAAGGCUGUCAUGGCGGCGGCGGGGGUGCCCGUGGUGCCAGGAUACCAUGGGGAGGAGCAGGCGGAGGAGAGGCUGAUCCGCGAGGCGGAGGCGGUGGGCUUCCCGCUGCUGGUGAAGGCCGUUUCUGGCGGCGGGGGCAAGGGCAUGAAGCUCGCGCGCAGCAGGGGGGAGCUGGGGGCGGCGGUGGCGUCGGCGCGGCGCGAGGCCAUGGCGGCCUUUAACGACGAUAGGCUGCUGCUGGAGCGCUUCAUCACGCGGCCGCGACACGUGGAGGUGCAGGUGAUGGCGGACCUGCAUGGCGGCGCGGUGUAUCUGUUUGACCGCGACUGCUCUGUACAGCGGCGCCACCAGAAGGUACUGGAGGAGGCCCCCGCCCCGGGGCUGGCGCCAGAGGUCCACACACACCUUGGGGAGGCUGCCGUCCGCGCAGCGCGAGCCGUCGGCUACGUCAGCGCAGGCACCGUCGAAUUCAUCUUUGACUGCGACAGCGGGGAGUUCUUCUUCAUGGAGAUGAACACGCGGCUGCAGGCAGGUUUGGAGGGGGUGGAGCACCCGGUGACAGAGGCCGUGGCCGGCCUGGACCUGGUGGAGCUGCAGCUGAGGGUGGCAGCUGGCGAGAAGCUGCCCGUGCGCCAGCAGCAGCUGGCGGCGCCGCUGGGGCACUCCCUCGAGGCGCGGCUCUACGCGGAGAGCCCCUCGCGCGGCUUCCUCCCCGGCGGCGGGCGCGUGCGGCGCUGGCGCGUGCCGCCCGGCAGCGGCGCGUUCAGCCACCUGGAUGCUGUGCGCGUGGACAGCGGUGUGGCUGAGGGGGACGAGGUGGGCACACACUACGACCCCAUGAUAGCAAAGGUGGUGGUCAAGGCGGACGACCGCGCCUCUGCGCUGGUGGCAGGGCUGCCCACCAACCUCGCGUUCCUGCAGCGGGUGGCGGCGCACCCGGCCUUUGCACGGCUCGAGCUGGAUACAGGGUUCAUAGAGCGCUACCAGUCGGAGCUCUUGGCAGCGGAAGCCCCCUCGCCGGACGUGGCGGCCCUGGCAGUUGUGGCGCGCUGCAAGCUGCAGGCCGCACGCGCGGCCUCGGCCGCCUCCGCGGCUGCCCACGCCUGCCCCGCGGCGGCGUCCGGCCCCUGGGCCAUCCCCGACGCGAAGCGGCUGUGGCUGCCGCACGCGAAGCGGCUGGAGAUGGAGGCUGGGGAGGCGGGGGCCGCGGCGCGGGGGCUGCGGGUGGACGUCGCCUACCUGCCGGGCGGGGAUUUUGAGGUCCGCGGCUGCGGCGGCGCGCACGACGCACCUCUGCUGCUGCAGCAUGUGACCCUCAACCCAGACCAUCCCGCCCCAAAUAACGGCGCCGCCGGCUUCGGCGCUGUCGCCGCGAGCGGAGUGUUUGGCGGCGCGCGGGUCAUGCAGGACGGCUCGGCGGCGGCGCGCGUGUCGGCGCAGGUGGGUGGGCGGCGGCUGGAGGCUGACGCGCUGCUGUACCCUCACUUGGAAGAGGAGGUGCUCGUGAUCUGGGCGGGCGGCCAUUCGUACGAAUUCAGGUGGCCUGUGCCGCAGUGGAGCAAGGAUGCCGCCGUGGGCGCCACAACCGGGGCUGUCAAGACGCCCAUGCCAGGGAAGCUUAUCAAGCUGCUGGUGGCCGAGGGGGAGGCAGUCACUGCGGGCCAGCCGCUGCUGGUGCUGGAGUCAAUGAAGAUGGAGACCACCCUGCCCUCCCCCCGCGCCGGUGUGGUGCGCGGCGCGGGCGCGCUGCACGCCGGCGCGCAGAUACUGGAGGGGCAGGUGCUGCUGCGGGUUGUGGCUAAUGGCGAGGGCGAGGAAGGGGGCGGGGGCGGCGGGGCCGUGGCUUGA